AUGCUCCAGCCAAGGAUAGCCGUCCCUCUUCAGCGCCUGCUGCAGGCGUCGCCUUCCAUAUGUUUGCGAUGCGAGACUCGAAUGAUCCGCAGUUCUCUCCAGCCGAGAUUCACUAGAACCAUCACCUCUGCGCCCGUCCUUCAACACCCAGAACCAGAACCUAAACCAGCCGAAGCCGCGCCUACGCCUGACCCCAAAGAUGAGGAUGUAUUUAUCCCGAAGCCUCUCGGGCGCCCCAUUGGCUUCCAAUCUCCUCCAAGGCCUGGCGAAAAUACCAGCGUUGUCAAACCCAAAAAAGACUACUCGGGCAUGACAAUGUCACAACGGAAUCUGGAGAAGCGCAAAGAUUUGGUGGAGAAGUGGGGUACAAAUUAUUUCCGCGACUUCAAGAAUAUCCGCAAGUACAGGUCUGGUAAGACGUUCCUCGCGAACCCACAGAUCUACAAGAAGGACAAGGCGCUGUAUUUUCCAAACUUCCAUGGAAACACGCUGGCAGAGAAAAAUGCAGACACUACGACUGUUCUACGAGGCAAAGUGAGUGUGGUCAAUGUGUAUAGCUCCCAGUGGGGCGAGACACAGGCGCAAUCUUUCACGGGGAAGUCAGUCAACAGCAAAAUUCACGAAGUCAUAGCGCAACAUCCUGGGAUUGCGCAAAUGGUCGAUAUCAAUAUUGAGGAAAAUAGUAUGAAGGCGUGGAUAAUAUCGUUUUUCCAGUUCAGGUUAAAGUCUGCGCGACCAAAAGAAGAUUGGGGCAAAUACUUCAUUGUGAGGAAAGGCGUGAGUGAGAGGAUUCGAGAGACCAUAGGACUGCUGAAUGGACGUGUGGGAUACGUAUAUUUGGUUGAUCAGGAUUGUAAGAUCAGAUGGGCAGGCAGUGGGUAUGCAGAAGACACCGAGAUGGAAGACAUGAACAAAGGCUUCAACAGGCUAGUCUCUGAAGCCUUGUAA